AUUCUCCAACAAAUUCGCGAGCCAGAGAGAGAUCAAAUGCACAGCAACCAAGCUGAUGCAAGUUAAUCAAAGGGAAGAGGAAUCUCUGAGGGACUACAUGCAGCGAUUCAACAAAGCCACUCUGGACAUUGACAACGUCCCAGACACCAUCUGUCUAUCUGCAUUGCUACAUGGCUUGAAGCAUGGUCGGUUCCUAGACAACCUGCUAGAGAACCCACCCAGGACUUGGAACGAAGUGAAUGACAGGUCGGCUAGCUUCAUAUUAUCAGAAGACUUCCAGUCGUCCAAGCGACGAGCUGACGAUAAGCAAAGCAAAAGCCAGGAACAGCCACCGAGGAGAGAAAAGAAAAAGCAAAAGGUCAGCGAGCCGUGGGGGAAGCCCGCUGACUUCCCAAAAUAUGCCACCUACAUUUCUUUAACCCUGCCAAGGUCUCAAAUCCUUGCGCAAAUCCAGCACUGGGUUAGGAGACCCCCGCCUCCAUUGCAUGAUUCCCCAAGAGCAGAUAAGAGCAAACAUUGUGACUACCAUCGUGUGUAUGGCCACAACAUAGAAGAUUGCCAACACUUGAAGGAUGAGCUGGAGUUCCUGGCUCGCAAUGGAAAGCUAGAAGGAUAUGUUCAGAAGCCCCACGCCCAGCAACCCACUCAAACUCAUUUUGUACAGGGUUACGACCGACUUCAAGGGCAGAGAUACCAGCUCGGCGAGGCACAGAAUAAGCAUAAACGGCCGAUAUACGGGUUUGAUAACCAGCCCGUCUCGGUCGAGGGAGUUAUCACUCUUCCUAUAUAUGUGGGCUCAGAACCACGCUUCAGGAUGGCUUCCGUCACCUUCCUGGUUGUUAAAAUGGAAUCAGCUUUCAAUGCUAUAUUAGGAAGAGCCACCCUGUGCGAGCUGAAGGCUGUCAUCUCGCAACCCCAUCUCUGCAUGAAAUUCUCAACUCCUCAGGGGGUAGGAGUGCUUAAAGGAAAUCAAAAGAUGACCAGAGCCUGCUAUCAAGAUACUUUCAAGAAGGUUGAGCUCGCUGCUGCCGCUUCAGGCUACGAAAAUCGCAGAUCAACCCAGCCCGAGCAGCAGACAAUGAGUAUAUCAGACAUUGAGCACCGACCUAAGGGUGUCAAGCAGAAGGCAGAGCCAGUGGAGCCAGUUGAAACAGUCCCCUUAAACCCUGAUAUGCCGGAAAUGACGGUAGGCUUCAUCAGAAGAGUGGAGUACUCUGAAUGGGUGUCCAACCCUGUGCUCGUCAAAAAGCCAAAUGGCAAAUGGAGGAUGUGCAUUGAUUUCACCAACCUCAAUGACGCCUCAGGUUACCACCAGGUCCAGCUGUUGCUAGACGACCAGGAAAAAACAGCUUUUUACGUUGGUGACGCAAUCUACUGCUAUGUCAUGAUGCCGUUCGGCCUCAAAAAUGCUGGAGCAACAUACCAGAAGCUGGUGCAAAUCAUCUUUAAGCUCCAGAUAUGCAGAAACAUAGAAGUGUAUGUAGAUGACAUGAUAGUCACAAGCGUGCGAGCUGAGGAUCACAUUGACGACCUGGAUGAAACUUUUCAAAACUUGUGCCGAGCCCAAAUGAAGCUGAAUCCCUUGAAAUGCACGUUUGCUGUGGAAUCAGGGAAAUUCCUAAGGUUUAUAGCCAGAUCGGCAGAAAGGUGCAUUCCUUUCUUCAAAGCUCUGCCGGAGCCUAAAAACUUUCAGUGGAUUGAUGAAUGUCAACAAGCGUUUGACGAGCUCAAACAAUAUUUGGCAUCCACACCCCUGCUAUCCAAGCCUGUCGAUGGGAAAUGUUUAUAUCUUUAUCUGGGGGUCACAGAAGAAGCAGUGAGUUUAGUGCUACUGAGAGAAGAGAAUAAGAAUCAGAAGCCUAUUUGCUACGUGAGCAGGGUGUUACAAGGUGCCGAGCAGAACUACCUGAUAGCAGAAAAGGCUGCUUUUGCUUUGGUCUACAUAGCUCGUAAGCUGAGAGCUUAUUUUCAGUCUCAUCAGAUUGUUGUUUAUACUGAUUUCCCGCUAAGGAAAAUAUUGCAAAAGCCAGAACUCUCUGGUCGGCUCAUCGGAUGGAGUGUCGAGCUGAGUGAGAAUGACCUCAAACUUCAGCCGCGCACAACUAUAAAAGGCCAAGCUGUGGCAGACUUCUUGGUUGAAUGUGCUCCGGCGGCUGUGAAAGAAAAGGCACCUGAACACCCAAUUUGGGUUUUGUAUGUAGAUGGAGCUGCUAAUGUCGAAGGAUCGAGUGUUGGAGCUGUGUUACUGGGCCUUGAUGGCUUUAAAUCCGAGCAUGCGUUGAGGUUUAAGUUCCAAACAACCAAUAAUGCUGCAGAGUAUGAAGCCCUCAUUUAUGGAUUGAAGCUGGCAUCCGAGCUGAAGGUACAGAACAUCCAAGUCUUCAGUGACUCUCAGCUCGUGGUAGGCCAGGUAAAAGGCAGCUGUGAAAUCAGGGAUCCUCAGCUUGGUCGUUAUACUUCUGUGGUCAACAAAUUGAAGUCAGGAUUUGCCUCCUUCCAAAUCGACAAAAUACCAAGAGCAGACAACCACCGAGCUGACGAGCUGUCAAAGUUGGCCUCCUCGUGGGACUUUAACCCUCAAAGGUCAACCAUCGUCGAACUGUUGGACGCCCCGAGCUACACUGAUCUCGCGGUCGAGUGUCAACUGCUAAGCACGGAUCCCUCUACACCGAGAUGGACUACCCCACUUAUAAAUUAUCUGCAAAGUGGCGAGCUGCCUAAAGAUCUAUCCGCCGUGAAAAUGAUUAAACGAAGGGCAGCACAUUUCACUUUGUUAGAUAACCAGCUCUACAAGCGAGCAGCCUCAAUGCCCCUAUUACGUUGCCUUACUCCUUACGAAGUUGAAUACGCUGUGAGAGAAGUUCACAAAGGAGUAUGUGGCACGCACAUCGAUGGCAAAACUUUAGCUUGGAAACUCUUGAGGCAUGGGUAUUACUGGCCCACUAUGGUCGAGGACGCGCAGAGUUAUGUCCUAAAAUGUCUAACCUGCCAGUUCAAUGCUGAUGAUAUACACAUGCCAGGGGAAAUGCUAUCAUCUCUCACGUCUCCCUGGCCCUUUGCUCAAUGGGGUGUCGACCUGUUCGGCCCUUUUAUCAAUGGCAAAGGAGGCUACACUUUCCUGGUCGUUGCAGUGGAUUACUUCACUAAGUGGAUAGAAGCUAAAUCGCUGUCCACGACAACAGAAAGAAAAAUAGAAGAAUUCUUGUUCGAUUCAAUAUUGUGCAGGUUUGGCAUCCCUAAGCGGAUUAUCGCUGACAAUGGGCCACAGUUCCGAGCAGCAGCGUUGAGAUCGUUCUGUAACGAUUAUGGCAUUGAGCUCGCCUUGACAUCCGUGUAUACUACACAGUCUAACAGGCAAGCCGACUCGGCCACGGGUGAAACCCCUUUCAACUUGGCCUAUGGAGCUGAGGCCGUCAUCCCAGUAGAGGUGGGACUACCAUCUGAUCGAGCAGGCUGGCAUGACGAUCUCAACAAUGAGCAACUGUUGAGAGAAAACCUAGACUUCGUGGAAGAGGUAAGGGAGAUGUCUAGAAUAAGAAACAUGGCGCAUCAAAGUCGUGUUGCAAAAUUUUACAAUAAAAGAGUUCGAACUCGCCAGUUUCAAGUCAGUGAUCUGGUUCUACGCAAAACUGGAUUGACGAAUGCUUACUCGCACAUGGGCAAGCUCGCGCCUAAUUGGGAAGGACCUUAUAUGGUCAUUUCUAUUCAACGACCUGGGUCUUACCGGUUAGCAGAUUUACAAGGUCGUCCAUUACCAUUCAUUUGGAACAUACAUAACCUUAGAAAAUUUUACAGUUAAGAGUUAACUUUACAGUUAAGAGUUAACUUUACAGUUAAUGUGUAUGUUAUUAACGUUCAGUCCGUCAUGGAUCAGUUGUAAAUGGCAUUUCAUAAAGAAAUCAAAACACAGAAAGUUC